AGGGAGGAGGCGCCAGUGUGGGGCGGAAUGGUACCUCUGGAUUGCAGAGGCCGUGGCUCGGUGCCAGAUCCCGGAGUGUAGACAUUUGGGGGGGAGGGGAGCGUGAGAAGGAGCCAGCGAGCCGGCGAGCGAGCGCCGGGGAGAGGCAGCGCGCUGCGGGCACGGACGAGGGGCUGCGCGGGGAAGAUGUGAGCGUGUGGGGUCCGGCUGGCCUCCGAGCACCAUGCAGAAGGGGAUCCGGCUGAACGAUGGCCACGUCGCGUCCCUGGGGCUGCUGGCGCGCCAGGACGGCACACGCAAGGGCUACCUGAGCAAGCGGAGCGCGGACAACACAAAAUGGCAAACCAAGUGGUUCGCGCUGCUGCACAACCUGCUCUUCUACUUCGAGAGCGACUCGAGCACCAGGCCCUCGGGGCUCUACCUGCUGGAGGGCUGCGUCUGCGACCGCGCGCCCUCCCCCAAACCCGCGCUCUCGGCCAAGGAGCCGCCCGAGAAACAGCAUUAUUUCACCGUGAACUUCAGCCACGAGAACCAGAAGGCCUUGGAGCUGCGGACUGAGGAUGCCAAGGACCGUGACGAGUGGGUGGCGGCCAUCGCUCAUGCCAGCUACCGGGCGCUGGCCACGGAGCACGAGGCGCUGAUGCAGAAGUACCUGCACCUGCUGCAGAUCGUGGAGACGGAGAAGACGGUGGCCAAGCAGCUGCGGAGGCAGAUCGAGGACGGGGAGGUCGAGAUCGAGCGGCUGAAGGCAGAGAUCGCGUCCCUGCUCAAGGACAACGAGCGGAUCCAGUCCACCCAGACCACCGUGACCAGUGACCCCGGCGACGAGGACAGCGACAUCAAGAAGAUUAAGAAGGUGCAGAGCUUCCUGCGCGGCUGGCUGUGCCGCCGCAAGUGGAAGACCGUCAUCCAGGACUACAUCCGGUCGCCGCACGCCGACAGCAUGCGCAAGCGCAACCAGCUGGUGUUCAGCAUGCUGGAGGCCGAGGCCGAGUACGUGCAGCAGCUGCACAUCCUGGUCAACAACUUCCUGCGCCCGCUGCGCAUGGCCGCCAGCUCCAAGCGGCCGCCCAUCACGCACGACGACGUCAGCAGCAUCUUUCCCUCCAGCGAGACCAUCAUGUUCCUGCACCAGAUCUUCUACCAGGGCCUGAAGGCGCGGAUUUCCAACUGGCCCACGCUGGUCCUGGCCGACCUGUUCGACAUCCUGCUGCCGAUGCUGAACAUCUACCAGGAGUUCGUGCGCAACCACCAGUACAGCCUGCAGAUCCUGGCGCACUGCAAGCAGAACCGGGACUUCGACAAGCUGCUCAAGCACUACGAGGCCAAGCCCGACUGCGAGGAGCGCACGCUGGAGACCUUCCUCACCUACCCCAUGUUCCAGGUGCGCCCCCCCACCCCCAUCCCAGGUGUGUCCUCGCCUCCCACAUCCCAGAGGAUCAUGCAUGACGAGGUGAGCGAGACGGAGAACAUCCGGAAGAACCUGGCCAUCGAGCGCAUGAUCAUCGAGGGCUGCGAGAUCCUGCUGGACACCAGCCAGACCUUCGUCAGGCAAGGGUCCCUCAUCCAGGUGCCCAUGUCCGAGAAGGGCAAGAUUCCCCGGGGCCGCCUGGGGUCCCUGUCCCUGAGGAAGGAGGGCGAGCGGCAGUGCUUCCUGUUCUCCAAGCACCUGAUCAUCUGCACGCGAGGCUCGGGCGGGAAGCUGCACCUGACCAAGAACGGGGUGGUGUCCCUCAUUGAGUGCACCCUGCUGGAGGACCCGGAGAGCACGGAGGAGGAAGCCAAAGGGUCCGGCCAGGACAUGGACCACCUGGACUUCAAGAUUGGGGUGGAGCCCAAGGAGGCCCCGCCCUUCACCGUCAUCCUGGUGGCCUCGUCCCGGCAGGAGAAGGCAGCCUGGACCAGUGACAUCAGCCAGUGUGUGGACAACAUCCGGUGCAACGGCCUCAUGAUGAACGCCUUCGAGGAGAAUUCCAAGGUCACAGUGCCACAGAUGAUCAACCCCUCCGUGAAGCUGGGCCCACCCCUCUCCAAGGGACCCCCCAAACGGGAGCCGACCUCUCCCACGUGCAAGGGCGGAGGGGCCCGAGGGAGCCGCUCACCCUUCCGCCACGGAGACCCCCACACGAAUUCUGUUUCAUCCGGAACUACAGGCCCGAAUCCAAAAAUCGGGGACCGUCUGGGAGACGUCAGACCGUCGCCGCCCCUCCCAGGCUCCGACGUCUCCGUGCGGGAGGAGUCGGACACGGACCAGAACCAGAGUGACGAGGCCGACCCCGAGACGUCGCCCACCAAAUCCCCGACGACACCCAAGCCCGUCAGGAGCAAAAACCCCUCAGAGUUCCCCCUCUUUUCCUACAACAACGGGGUGGUCAUGCGGUCCUGUCGCGAGCUGGACAACAGCCGCAGCGGCCUGUCGGCGGCCUCCGCCUUCGCCAUCGCCACCUCGGGCGCCAACGAGGGCACCCCGAACAAGGAGAAGUACCGGCGGAUGUCCUUGGCCAGCACAGCUGGGACCCCUCAGGCAGCUGGGACCCCUCGGGCAGCUGGGACGGAGUGGCCACAGCCCUCAUCUCUCCCACAGGACUUUGAGACCAACAAGGAGCUCAAGAGCAAGGUGGUUGGCUUCCUGGAGGAGGUGACGCGCAACCCUGAGCUGCUGACCCAGGAGCGGAAGGCGGCCGCCAACACAGACAGCUCAUCUCCGCGUCUGGCCCCCAGGACUCUGACGCAGGAGGACCCCGGGGACAACCAGAUCACGCUGGAGGAGAUCACACAGCUGGCCGCGGGCGUGAAGGCCGAGCCCUUUGAGAACCACUCGGCCCUGGAGAUCGCGGAGCAGCUGACGCUGCUGGACCACCUGGUCUUCAAGAAGAUCCCUUACGAGGAGUUCUUCGGACAAGGCUGGAUGAAACUGGAGAAGAACGAGAGGACGCCCUACAUCAUGAAAACCACGAAGCAUUUCAACGACAUCAGUAACCUGAUCGCGUCCGAAAUCAUCCGGAACGAGGACAUCAGCGCCCGGGCGAGCGCCAUCGAGAAGUGGGUGGCCGUGGCCGACAUCUGCCGCUGCCUGCACAACUACAACGCCGUCCUGGAGAUCACCUCCUCCAUGAACCGCAGCGCCAUCUUCCGGCUGAAGAAGACCUGGCUCAAAGUCUCCAAGCAGACGAAAGCGCUGAUCGACAAGCUGCAGAAGCUGGUGUCCUCGGACGGCAGGUUUAAGAACCUGCGAGAAGCGCUGAAGAAUUGCGACCCGCCCUGCGUCCCUUACCUGGGCAUGUACCUCACCGACCUGGCCUUCAUCGAGGAGGGGACCCCCAACUACACGGAGGACGGCCUGGUCAACUUCUCCAAGAUGAGGAUGAUAUCCCACAUUAUCCGAGAGAUUCGCCAGUUCCAGCAAACCGCCUACAAGAUAGAGCACCAGGCGAAGGUCACCCAGUACCUGCUGGACCGGUCCUUCGUGAUGGACGAGGAGAGCCUCUACGAGGCCUCC